AUCCUCCGUAACGCUUUACGGCAGUGUUGACAACUCUAGCAGGUUUUUCGUUACGUCCCGUUCUGCUACAUUUGCAAGUUAUGGUUUAGUUUUGUACCAAAGCUCUCGUUAAAUGAGUGUUUUCGAUUUGUUUCGCGGGUUCUUCGGUGUACCCGGAGGCCAUUACCGCGGCCGGAGGGACCCCUUCUUCGAUGCCAUGACUCAUGAUGACGACGACGACGAGGAGGAUGAUGAAGAGGAGGGAUUCCACUAUGAUGGGUUCAGGGGGGACCAGCAGGACCCCUUCGACAGCGCCUGGAGGUUUGGCUUCAGUUUUGGCCCAGACGGGAUGAGGAUGCAGGAGCCUCCCGUGUUCGGCCACGUCCUCCGGGAGAUGGAGGAGAUAUUCUCCCAGCUGGGCCGCUGGGACGGUCAACCGGAGUCUGGACGCUUUGGUGUCCCCAGUAUCAUGCCACCACCGCCGCCGCCCCAGGACAGAGCCGAGAAAGGUGGAGGCAGGUCCAGUGGGAACCCCCUGAGAGACUUCAUGCUCAAAUCCCCCGACAGUGACUCACUACGUAGAUCCAGAGAGCCCCAAAGCGAUGGCCGACCUUCUUAUGAGUCACCCGAAAAUCCCAGCGCACCAUUUCAUGGCUGGGCCCCUUUUUCCAAGUUUAAUGAUAUUUGGAGGCAGAGAGCUCCAGAGGAGGAGCGCAAAGAAGACAGAGAUCUGGACUCUGCAGUGUCGUCUGGUGGCCUGGAUCAGAUUCUGACGCCACCUGCUGGCCAGGCACCGAGCCAGCCCAGAACCCGGUCGUUCUUCCAGUCGGUCAUUGUCACCAAGGUGGUGAAACCUGAUGGGACGGUAGAGGAGAGACGUACAGUGAGAGACGGUCAAGGCAACGAGGAGACAACAGUGACUCGGUCAGGAGGUCCUGGGAUUCUGGAGGAUUCGGGAAAUCAAACUGGACCUGUGCUACCAGGUCAGCGUUUUUCAGACUUGAGGGAUGACGACUCGUUAUUCUCCAAGUUCUUUGGCGGCUUCAAGUAACGUGCAGGGUGAAGUCUAACCAUCUGGACCGGUCGACCGCGUACAUGUGUUUCCUGUGAAGCUGGCAUAUUUAUAGGACACACAGUCACAUGAUCCUGAUUUGCCAAAGUUAAUCUGUCACCGUUGCUGCAGACGAGGUGGGGACGUAGUCUAGAGGCCGACAGUUCUGAAGUGAUUCUGACAAAUUGAGACUCAUCAGAGCAAACGUUUGUUAUAUUUUUCUAUUAUCCCGUAGACAUGUAUGGAUGUGAGUGAGUGGUGAUUCAAAUAAAAGACUCUUAAUAUAUUUA